CAUUUUAGUAACUCCCAACAUGGCGGCUCUCGUUUCUUCCCUUCCAAAGUUGAUGGGCAAAUUUAAAGGACAGGUGCCAUGUUUGCUAAGAAAGCCAAUUACCAAGUGUCGAUGUCACUUGUUACAACUACAUGUACUUUCAACUAGAUGUACAGUCCAAAAUAUGGUCCCCUCUUCACACGCCAGGUGUGCUUCAGUGAUUCAGUCCAAACAAAUCCACACAACUAAGAACAGCCUGCUUCCAGAGAGAAGACCAGAGUACUUAAAACAUCAUGUAAAUCAUUUUCCAGUUAUUGUUGGAGUAGCUUCAAAGCAUCCAAAAAAGGGACACUUAGUACUUGUUGAUUCUGAUCUCAUCAAAAGAGUGGGAUUGUUGGAAUUUGUAUCAAUAACUGCAACAUUUUUUGGAAGUUUAGGAUUAUGUUUUGUAUUAUUGAACAAAACUUUACCAGAUGUGGUGAAAUUUCCAUUAUUAGUAACAUACAUUUUUGCACUGCUUGCUUUACCAUCAGUGAAAAACAUGGAAUAUAAGCAUCGUGUAACAUACAUGUAUCAUAAUGCUGAAACAGAUGUUUUCACAGUAACGACAAAACCACUCUUUAGGAAAAGUACAGAGACAUCAUUCACUGCAGAGGAAGUUACAGUUGGUGAUCCCAAUAUUAAAAAUGGAUUAUAUGUCAUCUGUGUUGGGAAACGGAAGUUUUACUUCAGCCCUUCACCAGAGGUGUUUCGAGAUCAAAAUGCAUUUACGAUAUUGACUGGAGAAACAUGAUGAACAGAUUGUGAACAAUUAUUAAGCUGUGUGUAGUUUAAACAUUUGGUUGAUGUUUCUUAAUAUGUAUGUUUUAAUAAUGGAGGAGUUUCCAACUGAUUUUUUUCUAAAUACUAUUUCCUAUUCAUUUUGGUAUACAUGCCUUAAACACCAUUGUUGAGAUGAAACACAGGUGCCAGCAGUAGCUGACUCGUUUUAUAAAAUAAUAACAUAUAAUUAUAUAUAAGAGUACAUAUAAAUGAGAAUUAUAUGUACUCUUAUAUGUUAUUAUUUUAUAAAAUGAGUCGGGCACCUGUGGAUGAAAACAGCCAUAUCUGUGCUCUAUGUUCAGGGGCAGUGAUAGCUCAGACAGUUACAGCACCGGCCACAUAACAUCAGGUGAAGAUGGGAGGUGAAUGCUUUGAUACUCCCUGAAAUUGUUAUUUCCAUAAAUGUGAUAAUUUCUUAGAAAUAGAAGAGAGACAAUUAUAUGAUUAUUAUCAUUUAUUAUCCUGAAUUUAAUAAAAAUCGGUUUACUCCCAGAAAUCUUGAACUGAUCAAUGACGAUUGAGGAAUUGUCAAGGAGAGAAGGACGUCACUUUAUCUUAUAAAAAUGUGAAUAAAUUAUUUAAAAUACAUUCUAUAUUCAUUACCAAUAUGCAAUAGAUAUAUUUGAUCAACCAAUUCAAGUUUCCAUUAUAACACCUUGUAAAUGUACCUUUUGCUGGUUUAAAAGUGUAUGUAAUACUGCAUGCUUAUAUAUAAAAUGGUUUUCUAUAAUUAUAACAGUUUGGAUUCUAUCCUGUUUCAUAAACCUACAAAAACUCUUAUGAAGUGCUUGAAAAUAGUCUGUUUUAAGAUUGUAUGCAGUUAAUUGUAAUCGUUCCCAUUAUGUUUUAAUCCAUUUUUUUUGUGUCCAGAAACCCGUCUUGUUACAUCUGUGUAUACCAAAUAUAUAUAUUUUCUCUAUCACAGUUAUCUGUAGUAAACAUUUGAUUUGAACUUUGUGUUUUACAACAAGGAACUUCGUAUCUACUCACAAUGAAUUUGAGAGGAGGUGUAUGUGGCGUCCUGUUUGAAUAUGUACCUUAGAAUAUC